UGGCGGUCAUUUACGGUAUUGCAAGCGGAAGCUGACCACCUGUCUGGGACAUCGAGUUCCUUGGCGUUGUUUUGGUCGGUAGAGAGAGGUCAACUACAUGGACAAACUGAAGAAGGUGCUGAGCGGCGAGGAUGAGGAAAACAACACGGACGGAACAGGAAUAUUGGAGAGAGCCAAUCAGGCAUCGACACUGGCCUGGGGGACAAGGAUGAAGGGCUUCCUGCUGUGCUUCCUUUUGGGGUUGAUAUGCUCCAUUUUGGGCUCUUGUAUGCUGUGGUUGCCUGGUUUUGGUCUCCCUGUGUUCGCUGUGCUGUACAGUUUGGGAAACAUCUCUGCUUUGGCCAGCACAAUGUUCUUAAUGGGUCCGGUCAGGCAGUUAAAGACUAUGUGUGCAAAAGAACGAGCACUGGCUACCACCUUAAUGUUGGUGUGUCUUGGGCUGACGUUGAGUUCAGCUUUCUGGUGGCGCAACAAUGGACUUGCCCUGCUAUUCUGUUUCUUACAGUUUAUGGCGUUCAUUUGGUAUGGCCUGUCUUACAUCCCAUUCGCCAGGGAUGGACUCAUCAAAUGUUGUUCUGCCUGUUUCUAAAAUGUCCGCUUGACCAAUCAAGAUGCGUCAAUUCUUCAGGCCAAGUGUCAGAUGUGGUUUCACUGGAAACCAACUGUAUUGGCCUGCAUAUGUUACUUGUCCACUUGUUUUCAGCAGGUCAUUUUUUUUAUCAGCCCGCUUUUUUUCCUUCUGCAAAUUUCUAUUAUUUAUUACACAAACAAGUGCUUCCACAUUUCUCAGCGGGCUUUUGCAUUUUUAAUCAUGUGUAUGAAUAUUCAGUCAAUAAUACAAAGUAUGUACUGUCAUAGGGUACAAUUAUGAAAUCAAAGUGCUUUUACUACAUACAGUGGGGCAAAUAAGUAUUUAGUCAACCACCAAUAGUGCAAGUUCUCCUACUUGAAAAGAUUAGAGAGCCCUUUAAUUUUCAACAUGGGUAAACCUCAACCAUGAGAGACAGAAUGUGGAAAAAAAACAUAAAAUCACAUUAUUUGAUUUUUAAAGAAUUUAUUUCCAAAAUUAUAGUGGAAAAUAAACAAGCAAGAUUUCUGGCUGUCAAAGAGGUCUAACUUCUUCUAACGAGGUCUAACGAGGCUCCACUCGUUACCUGUAUUAAUAGCACCUGUUUUAACUCAUUAUCGGUAUAAAAGAUACCUGUCCACAAUCUCACUCAGUCACACUCCAAACUCCACUAUGGUCAAGACCAAAGAGCUGUCAAAGGACACCAGAGACAAAAUUAUAGACCUGCACCAGGCUGGGAAGACUGAAUCUGCAAUAGGUAAAACGCUUGGUGUAAAGAAAUCAACUGAGGGAGAAAUUAUUAGAAAAUGGAAGACAUACAAGACCACUGAUAGUCUCCCUCAAUCUGGGGCUCCAUGCAAGAUCUCACCCCUUGGCGUCAAAAUGAUAACAAGAAUGGUGAGCAAAAAUCCCAGAACCACUGGGGGGGACCGAGUGAAUGACCUACAAAGAGCUAGGACAACAGUAACAAAGGCUACUAUCAGUAACUCGAUGCACCGCCAGGGACUCAAAUCCUGCACUGCCAGACGUGUCCCCCUGCUGAAGAAAGUACACGUCCAGGCCCGUCUGCGGUUCGCUAGAGAGCAUUUGGAUGAUCUAGAAGAGGACUGGAAGAAUGUGUUAUGGUCAGAUUAAACCAAAAUAGAACUUUUGGUAGAAACACAGGUUCUCGUUUGGAGGAAAAAGAAUACUGAGUUGCAAUAUACCCACUGUGAAGCAUGGGGGUGAAAACAUCAUGCUUUGGGGCUGUUUUUCUGCAAAGAGACCAGGACGACUGAUCUGUGUAAAGGAAAGAAUGAAUGGGGCCAUUUAUCGAGAGAUUUUGAAUGAAAAUCUCCUUCCAUCAGCAAGGGCAUUGAAGAUGAGACGCGGCUUGGUCUUUCAGCAUAACAAUGAUCGCAAACACACAGCCAGGGCAACAAAGGAGUGGCUUCGUAAGAAGCAUUUUAAGGUCCUGGAAUGGCCUAGCCAGUCUCCAGAUCUGAACCCCACAGAAAAUCUGUGGAGGGAGUUGAAAGUCUGUGUUGCCCAACGACAGCCCCAAAACAUCACUACUCUAUAGGAGAUUUGCAUGGAGGAAUGGGCCAAAAUACCAGCAACAGUGUGUGAAAAGCUUGUGAACAGUUACAGAAAACGUUUGGCCUUCGUUAUUGCCAACAAGGGGUACAUAACUAAGUAUUGAGAGAUGAACUUUUGGUAUUGACCAAAUACUUAUUUUCCGCCAUGAUUUGCAAAUAAAUUCAUUAAAAAUCACACAAUGUGAUUUUCUGUUUUUUUUUUUUUUUUUCACAUUCUGUCUCAUAGUUGUGGUUUACCCAUGUCGACAAUUAUAGGCCUCUAUAAUAUUUUCAAGUGGGAGAACUUGCACAAUUAGUGGUUGACUAAAUACUUAUUUGCCCCACUGUAUGUUGUGAUUGAGCAUAAAACUAUAGUUAGCUUUAUGUGCGCUACUCAAUUUUUAAUGAAGUCAUUCAGUUUCUACAUGUCCAGAUAUUUCAGAGCCAAUUUUCAUUUUUGUGAAUACUAAUAUCUGUCUGAGACAAUUUCAAGACUGGCUCAAGAAUGUUAUUUAUCUAUGAAUUUGUGACACUUUCAGGACCACCGAAAAUAAACUGCAGCAUUUCUUUAAUGCUGAUCUUUAUUAAAAUACUGAAGCUGAUCAGUUUGUCCAGUCAAAUGUUGUGUGUGACCUGCCGAUGUUUACCCCCCGUCUUUGUUCACGCUGUCUUUACGCACGACGACAAGCUAAAGCCAGUAAAUCUCCCUCCUGAUUAAAUCCCACACACACACACGCAUACACGUAUCAGGUGUCGUGGGUUUACAGAUGUCUGACCUCUUGUCAAUUUCAUGCUUCCGCUAACAUAUGUGUGCCUUCAAUGUUCUCAGUUGACAUUUAAAUGUUGGUUUGUCACUGACGAUUGUCUUUAGAACAGAAAAAAAGCAAAACAUUUUCUCGACAUUUUUUUUUGUGUUUAUGCUGUUGGCCCCUCCAAUUAAGUGGCACUGGCUGAACCUUGAAAGAAGGUGUUAUUUCUCCAAGCCGUCUUUUUUGGAAUAAGAAUUUUCUUCAAC